CCGUCAUUUAAUGCCAAACUUUGCAUGAAUUCGGUCCGCACUGUUCGCUUAGCAAAAUAGUGUGUUCCCUUGCGCAAAACGCGAUAUUCUGAAUCGAUUGACUGCUUUCGCUCCGAGUGCUUGAUUUUUUUCGGCGAGUGCAAGUUGUCGCGAAACCUAGGCGGAAGUUGCUCUAAUAUCCGACUGUCGGAUAAGGAGAGAAAAUAUACUUGUUUGUGCUGCAGACAAAAAAAAUGUCCCACCGUACGAAGUGAUUUUUUUCCGCUAUCAUUUGUGCAUACAGUGUGUGGUUUUUCUCCUCUCGUGUUGUUUCUCCAAAAGUUUCGCUGCUUUGUACCCAAGAGUUGCCAAGUUUCGGCAUUUGUCAAACAGGGGUGAAUUAAUAAUUACGAUAAAUUACCUUCAACUGAAGUGCUGAAAUGCAAAUGUGUCCGUGAUAGUGUUUUCUUUCGGUGCAUCAACAUAACAAGGUGAAAAUUUUACUGAGCACACAGAAGUAGUCAGUGAAAUCGCUAUAGCCGAGCGGAGGAUACAUAAUUUUGCGAUAACGGUGUUUCCGUCUUUUUCAUUAUCGCAAUUUGGGAAUUUACUGGUAGCUACCCCCAACCGCCCACAAGAGCAGAUAUCUUCAUUCUGGGGAGAAAAUCUGCCAAAUCAGAUAACAGUUUGCGUCAUGUUAUUCGAGGACCUUACAUAAGUCCAUCGACCCAGGAAAAAUGCAUGCAUUCCGAGUUCGUCCAGGGGUACUAGUGUCCCCAUAGACUAAUUUACAGCAGCACCAGGCAUUUGCUACGGGCACGAGUAUUCUAUCGAACGAGAAGUAUACAUUUGCGGCAUCCGACAUCAACACGGUAGAAUAUUUGGAGAACAAAGUGAAAAGUGAGAUUCCCUCACAGUAGUGCAUCAGAUAAGCGCCGAGCUAUCUCUAAUCUAGUCAUUUAUCCGUGGAAUUCGCUUCGAAAGCCCGCCAGUUUAUGCUCCCUGCGGUCUCCAUUUGUAAUCUUCUGUCCGAUAGCGAUGCGCGUUAUCUGUGUGUAAAAGUGUGCAGAGCUCAGUACCCGUGUGUGUAGUCAAACUACCGAGUGUUUAUGUCCGACGCAUGUGUUCAAAGCACAGUUGCUCAAAGUUAAACAUUCAAACGGGCGUUUUUAGGUAGAUGUGUGUGCCCGGUUUCCCGAUAUAUCGCCAGUAAAAGUCAUAAAUUAGUGAAGAACGCGGCAGAAAGUACGGUUCGGAUAGCUAUCAGCAGCUUGUACAUAAUCACCGAUUGCACUGGAGAAGACCAUAGUUGCACCUAACGCGUUUUAUGAUUGGAGCAUAGCGAACAACUCAUUGUGAUUGUCGCUGCAGCGGUUUAUUUUUCAUCCUUGUUGCGGACCCACAUACCUAAGGGAUUCGUAGUCUUUUGGAGUGAACGCACCAGCAAAAUCCACCAUGCCAGUGAAUGCCAUCGGUUCCGAUCAGCUAAGUGGCAUUGAAGAAGAAACAGAUAUUUACGAAGCGUUCGCACCCCAUGUGGACACCGCGAACAUCUCCGUACUGACAGAUACUCCACCAGGGAAAAAGCCAAAUCUCAAAUCAUUUCAAGAUGUUCAAUCACUCAUUCAGCAAGGUAAGAAACGUGAAACCAAACUAGUACUAAGGGAAAACUCGUGGCCCACGAAUUCGCCGAUCCGGUCGCAGCUAUGGCCGGCGCUCUGCAGCCAGCAUCACGUCGGCAAGACCAUGCUGGACGGCUUCUACUGGGACAUGGUGAAUCAGGUCUUCGGCACGACAGAGCUGCCCGAGAAACCCAUUAUGCUACCACCCUUCGUCGACUCCACCCACUGUUUACCUUAUCACCUAACCCGGAAGGGUCGAGCGGUGGCGGAUCGUGUAGUCAGCGUUCUCGGCUACGCUUGCCCCGACAUAACCUUCAGUCCCACGCUGUAUCCCAUUACGGCGAUCCUGUUACACUUCAUGUCAGAGGAAGAAUGCUAUCAUUGCAUGGCGAGCCUGGUAGCCCCCAAGGAUAAGGUUUUCAUAACACAGACGAAGCUGCUGUACGAAGUCACCUGGAAGACUGUGAUGCAAAUUGCCAAAAAACAUGCGAGAAGAUGGUCCAUUCGCAUUGAAUUUAGAAUGUGGAAUUGCUACUUAGUGGGAGCUAAAUCCGCAGUACUGUAUUUAACGAGAUUAUGCCCGGGUCAGAAGUCGGAGCGAAUAUUCAUGGACUGGUGUUGGUGGGUACUCGGCGGGCUUCCGUUCCCACACCUGGUGCGUGUGAUGGAUUGCUUUUUCCACGAGGGCAUCAAAGUGUUCUAUCGCGUCGCACUCGCGAUACUGAUUCUGUUCCACAAGCACCUAACCGCCACCAACUCCGAGUGGGACGCCGACACGAUCAAGAAUGACAUCGAAAACGCCCUCCCGAAGUUCUGCAAGAACAUCCCGGUCUCGCCGACCAAGCUCCUGCGGACGGCUUUUAGUAUAAGAGCACUUAGUUCAACCUACAUAUCUAGGAUUUUUCUAAAGACUGAAAUGGUACUAAAGAGUAAGUCAGUUCUUAGUGGUUCGAAGCAGAUGGUAAGAUCACGUUCUAGCGAUAAUUUACCAACGAGUCAAUCCCAAGUCAACGUACAAAUGAUGUCACACACACUAACCAUUAGAGAGAAAUUAAAGGAUGAUCGGCAGUCGUGUCAGACAAUGGGUGCUCAUUCGCCUGACGUGAGAGUUUUAUCGAUGGGUGUAUUUCCGAUUCAAGCAAUAAAGAGUAAAAUUUGUGUUCAGGAUGACCUAUUCACGCUUUGGUCUUGGCUACCAGUUAGGAUAACGAUGUAUCAGCCUAUACUACUGUACACAACGGAGGAGCAUGGUUGCUCACUGACAACAUUCUACGUGCGGGUGGAGCAGCACGAGCCAACACUGCUAAUGAUCAAAACCUGUAAUAAUGAGGUGUUUGGUGCCUACUGUUCGUCACGAUGGUUCGAGCGUAACAUGAAGGAUGACCGUGGCCAGCGGCAGGCCUAUUUCGGUACCGGCGAAACGUUCUUGUUCUCUCUGUAUCCUGAGCGCGCGAAGUAUCCCUGGGUCGGCAUCGAGGGUGACAAAGGUCUCGGCCAUGCUUCGGAGCUAUUCAUGGCGGCGGACUCCAAGAUGAUCACGAUCGGGGGCGGUGAGGGACAAGCAAUCUGGAUGGACGAGAACAUCCGUUUCGGUAAAACGGACCGCUGUCAGACGUUCAACAAUCCGCCGCUGUGCGCCACCGGUGAUUUUGAGAUACGAGUGCUCGAAGUGUACGGUUUUGUAGAAUGUGAGUAAUGCACUGAGAUGAUUAUACGUGUACGUAAACUGUGUAGAUGUAAUUAUUGUUUCACUUCCUCCGGAAGGAGUUAAGAAAAUGGAAUAGGUAACCACGGAAGGUAAUAUGACAAUGCUUGAAUAAAAUGCGAAAGUUUUAGGACGAUAAGUUAACACGCUGUUUGCAUAACCCACGUCCUCCAAUCUUUUUCAUCGGUGUAGAAACGAUCUUUCGAAUCAGCAUUGAUACACUAAUCAUUAGCAUGCAACAGAAUGUAUCGGAAUUUAUCCGUGAGUUCCAAUUGACACAACGAAUUCCCCUACAUGUUGAUCAUCAUGUGUACGUACGAUGAAAAUGAUGUGCUCAGUUUGGAAUGUACAGUAAUCGUUCGCUAACUGGUCCUGGUUUAGGUGGUCUGCUUUUUAACUGGGCGAACGUUAACUGGUUCUUAGAUCAGUUCAAAAGCAGAACAAUCGAUUCAAAUGGAAGAUUUGCUGUGAGGGGCAUCCUCAAAUUAUAUUUCAUAGCUGUUAUCGCACUGAAUACAAAACUUUCAUCGGACGACCAAUUUCAUGAUCAACACGAAUCAAACAAUUCAUUGAAGUUCCCCUCGAUUUCAUUUGACGUUUUACAUGCCGGACCAGUUAAAACACGAAUGUCGAUAACUGGUCUUCUCUUCUCACCAGUUAGCGAAUGUUUACUGUAUAUGCUUGCCAUAUUUUUUAAAUGUUUCCUUCUACUAUACUCAGUGUAUUUUUCUAUUCUGCAAUAUUUGAUAUUCUCUAAUCGUUUCUCAUUAAAUGUAUGUAAUACAUUCCAGCGAUCGGUUGAACGAUCGAGAAUGAUGUGGGCGGGAGUUUUGGUAUGAAUUAAUUACUCUAGUCCAUUGACUGUCCUCUCGAAAUUCUCGCAUGUAUUUCGGAGUAACACAGUUUACGCUAAGCAUAGAACAACGAAAUCGAAUCAAUGAACUUAUUUAACUCUGUUUAGCUAUACAUUUGCAUUCGCAUGCGAUCAUUGUGCAUGUGCAUGUUGGAAGUUUUAGUCGAUGUUGAUCGAUAACAGGGCGAAGUUUGCUAAGCUAUCUAGAGUUAUAUUGAAGUAAGAGAUGCUCAUUAUAUUAAACUCUCUAACCAGCAUGCUAACAUCCUCACCACAACCAUAGACGCUAUUUGUUCUCUGUUCUGUGGUUUCCAACGCACGUUGAAGACUCACGACAAAUGAUUAUAAACAUGUCAUCAGCUGUGUAAAUCCGAACAAAUAACCGUAACAUUUAACCGUUCGUGUUAUGUCUCGUAGAAUAAAUUGAUUCAAAUUGUAAUAUAAGAAAUUAGUGAUGCAAAUAUAGGGAUCAAAAUUUGUUUAAACAAGGUGUGUUUUGAAUAGCAAUAUGUUCUUCAUCCAGCUCAGUUAUUGUUAACGUUGAUCAAUUACGAAAUCUACGCUGCUGCAAUGCACCGUAAAGAGAUCACCCAUUCAGAUCUUCGUUAUCGCUGUACCAUACGAUCCCGAUUACAGGCAAUACAAAAGUAUCGCAACGCGUGCAUAAGCAAACUUUGGCCAUAAGCAUGCAUAGAAGAACCAUAUCCAUUUAGCAAUGUUUUACGUAGUUCCGCAAGUAUAAUCGUAAAUGUCAAAUUAAUUAAUCCGCGCGCGAGAAUUGAGAUGCAGAAGAGAAAGAAACAGCGGUCGGUGGGUAGGACCAGGAGAAGCUCACCAAGUGAGAAGUGUAACGAACGAACAAUCGACAGAACCGCGGCGAAGACGCCUAGGCGGUAGGAAUGUGUAUGAUAAUCAUAUAAUAACAAUCUGUUAAGGAAUUGCGGAAAUAAGCAAGAAAAAUGAAUCAAACGUUUGCAGACAGAAAAAAAAGCAAAUUAUAUCCGUAUUAUGUUAGGGAUGCUUUAACUAAUAUACACUAGAAUGAAAGGUAAAUGUGACGCUAAAAUUUAGCUUGUUAGAAAUGUUAUCAAGGCUCUUCUGUUCGCGGACCGUUAGCUUAAGGAUCAAGUUCCAGAUUUUACCGUUGGGAUUUAUUCUUGUUUGGUUGUCGCGUUCACAUUGUACAUUUGUUUUUUACAAGUUGCUUCAUAAAGCAUGUUUAUUACGUACGUAGUUGAGCUAUAAGUGAACCGGGUGUCGUUCCGGAGGUAUAUAACUAUAACGAAUACUAUUAUGGUACCGUAUAGGGACGUAACCUAUGUUAUUGUGAUUUUUAUUAUUAUGGCAUAUUUUGUUAUAAAUUAGCUAUUUGUAUAGUGUUUAUACUAUUAUGAUUUAUUUAUGUUUAGUUAUUACAAAACAUGAAAGGCAAGAGAAAAACAACUGAAAUAAAAUGAAAACAAGCGAAGUGAAUAUGUG